CACACUCUCUCUCUCUCUCUCACACACACACACACACACACGAUGGAGGUGUGACGCUGACAGUGUGAUGAUGAAAAGGCCUCUACUAUCACUUGUUUCUUUCUCAUGACUUGCCAAAAACUAAAUUUCCAUCGAGAGAUACGAGGCCAAAUUCCCACCAUGUUUUCACUUUACCAUUUGUUUUCCACUGUUCCACCUCUUUUUUUGCGCUGUAAUGUCGUUCUCUCUCCCUUUCGCUUUCCACCGCUGACGCUGCCCUCGGGGCGCACUUGCGCAAUAGCAGAGAGAGAGCUGCGGAAAGUCUGUGCGGCUGCUGCUGCUCUCAGGUCCUCAGACGGGGAGUGAAGGAGGUGGGCGUGAGUGAGGAGGCGAGAGGGAAACCCAUGACUUCCGCGUUUUUCCCUUCGUACCUGAAACUUAGGUUAGACUGCCUCUGCUUAUAAAGAGCCAAAAUGGUGCGCACAGUCCCGACAGUCACCUCGAGACCCCCGACUGGGCUGUAUGUUACCCAGACCAGAGGACGAGCGCGUGGACCUAACGCAUCGAGCAUCUGGAGCUGUGCCACUUGCAUCGCUCGUGUGUCUGUGUGUGUGUGUGUGUGAGAGAGAGAGAGAGUUGUCUGCUUCUUUUUUACGCGCUGAUCCUUGAAUCUGGACGGCGUGGACGCUCUCCCCGAAGCCGAGGCACCUUACCGCCUACUGAUGGGUCACAAGGUGACCGAGACGGACGAGGAGUCUCUCCAGGCGAGCGGCCGAGGGCGCGGGCGCUGCGUCAGCGCCUUUCUCGUCGUGUCCGUGCUCUUCCUGUUCGUGGCGGUGGCGGCUCUGGCCGCCGGCGGGAUGAUGGUGGCGAUGGACCUGCAGGCCAAACUGGCGGCCGCGUCUCCGAAGUUUGACACAUCGGAGUUGCCGGGACACUCGUCUUACCCAGAUUACAAGAUGCAGAAUUUUGCCUUCCUGCAAGCCAAGUCAAGUGAGUUGAAGAACUCCACCAUGCGCUGGGCUCCAGUCUCCCACGGCGCUGGUGUGUCUGUGGGAAGCAACUUCUUGUUCAACUCCGAGCAGCAUUCGCUGACGGCGGAGCAGGAGGGGACCUACUUCAUGUACAUUGCUCUCAACCUCACCUGCACCCACAGAUGCAACGCGGGCCUCCUCAGCGUGCGCGUGGGCAACAAGCUCACCUGCGAGGUGAAUCUUCCAGCCGUGGCAGAUGCGACGCCCGUGAGCAGGAAGUGCUGGACAGUGAGCCAGAUGAACAGGCAGAAACUGCUCAUGCAGAUGAGCGUACCAGAGGAGGGACUGCUCGACUGGAAGCUGGAGCUCAAUAGCUCCGGAUUCGGGAUGUUCCUCGUGGGCUAAUGUGGACGUUGUAGUGCUACUGUUGUGAUCAAGACGCGCCGAAGCGCUCGUGACCUCUGGGUCAUACCGAAACAACACCACCAGUUUGGGUUUUCCGUCCGACCAGACGAAAACGGGCAGGCGCUGGUGCCUUUUUAAAAAUUAGAGGUGUAGGACGAUGAAGCUUAGCAGGAACUUCAGAUGGAAUCUCAGGACAAGUUGCAGUUACGAUAAAGCAAACCGGAUAUGGAAAAGACUAGACACUCAUCUCGUUCUGUAUAUGAACGAAUAUGUGUUGCACUGUAUGUGAUAUAUUUAUUUGGUGAUACUGAACUAUUUAUCUACAUUUAUUUAUGAUAAUGUUGCUAUUUUCUUAUAGAAAUGUAUUUUCAUGUAGAUACCACUACAUUAGUGUUGACGUGCAAUACACUAUUUUUUUUUUAAGCAGCCUACAUCAGGUCACAUGAGACUUUAUAACUGUAUUUAUUUCAUACAAGUCUAGCAGCGUAAGGUUGACUCAUACAAAAAAUUGUGCCAGAGAUGUAAUCCUGAUCAAAACAUGACCAUCAUUACUAAACUAUGUUUUAUAUGUUUACUCAAUUUAGUCCUAUGGACAAACUGCACAUUGCUGAAUGUAUUUCACUAUAGUUCAUAUUAAACAUGGACAUAAAUGUUGAGAUUUUUGACCACUGAGUCCAUAUUGGUGUGAAAAGUAGUGCAUGACUAAAAAAGAAAAAAUAAGUGAUUGCGACAAAUGGAAUACAUGAACAGCUUGAAUGUAGGGGAAAGUUCCCUGCGUUACGCAGCCUAUACCGGGAAAUUGGAUGUACAUCACUUCCUGUUUAUUCACCAUGCAUGCGGUUUAGAAAAAAAAAACACCGGAAAAAAGCAGAAGACACGCAUUUUUUUAAAAGCAAAUGCUGAACGUGACUUAAAAAAAACCCAUAAUGAGUGUAAUUUGAUCUGCACUGUUUCUGCCUUCCCAAAUCAAUACAUGCAUAUUGACAAAGUU